AAAUGGUCACCAUCCCAAUCAAAGCUCGAGCGACUCAAAAAUUACUGCACUUACGCCUGAGUUCUCUAAUACCACGGACAAACCGACUGAGUUAACCGGAGUAAUAACGGUUCUCACAAUUAAAUCAUUUUUCCGCCAUGGGAGAUCGAUUGCUACAAUUCCUUUCUUUAAUAUCGCUUCUCUUUCUGCUGGAAUGGACCCAAAUAUCGUCUUUCAACCUGGACACAGAAAACGUUAUGAUAAAGAAAGGGGACUCCGGGAGUCUUUUCGGCUACUCUCUCGCUAUGCACCAACAAUUACAUCCUGAUAAAAGAAAGUUGCUAGUUGGUGCUCCAAAGGCCAAAGCUCUAAAUGGCCAGAAGUCAAAGAUCACAGGAGGACUCUACGACUGUGAUUCCCCUUUAAUUUCAACCAGCUGUAACCGAUUGCAGUUUGACAACAGUGAGGACUUAGAGUCUGAGAGUAAGGAGAACCAAUGGAUGGGUGUAACAGUAAACAGCCAGGGACCAGGAGGGAAGAUUGUGACAUGUGCCCAUCGCUACCAGCAACGUAAACGUGUGAACUCAGACGAUGAGUCUCGUAAUAUCCUUGGCCGGUGUUACGUGCUGAGCCAGGACUUGACCAUCAAACAAGAACCUGGUGAUGGAGGCGACUGGAAGUUAUGUGAAGGGCGUAAAGCUGGGCACGAGCUGUAUGGCUCCUGUCAACAGGGAAUGUCUGCCACCUUCACCCAAGACCCUUACUACCUGGUAUUUGGAGUCCCUGGGGCAUUCAACUGGAAAGGUGUGGUAAGAGUGGAAAACAGCAGUCUGUUGCAGUUGGGUAUCUUCGAUGACGGGCCCUAUGAGUUGGGUGAGGAUAACCCUGCCAAGAUCCCUGUGCCUGAUAGCAGCUACCUGGGCUUCUCUCUGGACUCAGGAAAUGCCAUUACUAAGAAGGACCAGCUGACAAUAGUUGCCGGGGCUCCAAGAGCCAAUCACAGUGGAGCAGUGGUGUUACUGAAGACUGUGUUGUCAACUAACUUACUGGAAAAGGAGUACAUACUGGAAGGGGAGGGGCUAGCCUCAUCAUUUGGCUACGAUCUGACUGUGGUGGAUCUCAAUGCAGAUGGGUGGCAGGAUAUUGUGGUUGGAGCCCCUCAGUAUUUUGAGAAGGACAAGAAGGUGGGUGGAGCUAUUUAUGUCUACAUUAACAAGAAUGGAGACUGGAAUAUGGUCAAGCCCACCAGGAUAGACGGAACUGAGGACUCCAUGUUUGGACUGGCUGUAGAAAACCUGGGAGAUCUCAACAUGGACAACUACAAUGACAUUGCUGUGGGAGCACCAUACACUAAGGAGGGAGGGAAGGUGUUCAUCUACCAUGGCUCAGCUGAUGGACUCAUUACUACACCUACCCAGGUCUUGUCAGGGUCAGCAGGGACAAAAUUGUUUGGUUAUUCUCUAGCUGGUAACAUGGACCUGGACAUGAACUCCUACCCAGACCUGGCUGUAGGGUCUCUGUCAGACUCUGUGUUUGUCUACAGGACCCGGUCCGUUAUCAACAUUGAGACAAAUAUUAGCACAACCCCUAAUGAGAUUGAUCUAACUAAGAAAAACUGUGGCAACAGCAUCUGUAUGAACGUGGAAGCCUGCUUGUCAUACACAGCCCUCCCUAAAACCUACAACCCUACACUGAGAGUGAAGUACGCCAUUCAGGUUGAAGAGGAACGUAGGAAAAGGGGUCUACCUUCCAGAGUGACCAUCUCCACAGAUUCCAUCAACGAACAAGACUUUAAUGUCACUGGGGUUCUCAGUCUCACUGGACAGGGCAACAUGAAGUGUGUCAGCGCCAAAGUCAAACUACUGGAGAACAUUAAGGACAAGCUCAGGGGAAUCCCCGUCCAGGUUAAUGUGGAGAUAGAGAACCCCAAAAGAACAAGACGACAGAUUCCAGGAAUAUCGCCCAUUCUCAACCCCAAACCCCAAAAGCCUGUAAUGGUGAAUUUCCGGAAAGAGGGCUGUGGCAGUGAUAAUGUGUGUCAGAGUAAAUUAAAGCUCCAGCAUCGCUUCUGCUACAAAGAACCCAACACGGAUGAAUUUAGUCCUUUAAAAGUGACGGAUAACGUGACAGUGGUUUCCCUUAGCGUCCAGAAAGACAUCGCCCUGGAGAUCACAGUGACCAAUGAGAAUGGAGAUGAUGCUCAUGAGGCAACACUGGUUGCCUCCUUACCAUCAACUCUCACCUACUCAGCCGACUACUCUGCAGAAAGGCAGGUGAUCUGUAAGGCCAAUACUAACGGCUCUCAGGCAGUGUGUGACCUGGGGAACCCCUUCAAACGAAACUCAUGGGUGAAGUUUUACAUCAUCCUGAGUACAGCAGGCAUUCCCCUGGACACCACAGACCUGGAGAUAGACCUUCAACUAGGAACGACAAGUGUCCAGGACCCAGUCGAAGUCAAGGCCAAGGCUAAAGUGGAGAUCGAGCUGCAACUCUCCCUCACAGGGCUGGCCAAGCCCUCCCAGGUCUAUUUCUCUGGAGAGGCUAAAGGAGAGAGUGCCAUGAAGACCGAAGGAGACGUCGGCAGUCUCAUCGAGUUUGAGUUCAGGAUGAUCAACCUGGGGAGGGCCCUGAAAACGUAUGGCACCUCCUAUCUGAUUAUCAAUUGGCCAAAGGAGACAAUGGAAGGGAAAUGGAUCUUGUACUUGAUGAAGAUGAACGCCCAAGGUCUUGGACAGAUCACAUGCUCCCCAGAGAGCGAGAUAAACCCACACACACUCAAAGAGGAGUCUAGCAACUCCAGGAAGAGACGAGCCACCAAAGAGACCAAGCCGUCAGAAGGAACAAUCUCAGCACUACUGAACAAAGAGAGAAAAUCCGCUACUCUGUCGUGUGGUGAUGGGGCAAAGUGUGUUGAGAUUCGUUGCCCUCUACAUGAUCUGGACAGUAAUGCAGUCAUCCUGCUCCGUUCUCGACUCUGGAACACCACAUUCCUGGAGGAGUACUCCGAGCUGAACUAUCUGGAGGUGAUAGUGACAGCCUCUCUCAAAGUGGACGGUAUAGCUGAGAACAUGAUCCUGAAAAACACAGAGACACAGAUGAAAGUAACAGUGUUCCCAGAGCGUCUUAUGGCCCAAUACGGGGGAACGCCCUGGUGGCCCAUCUUGUUAGCCAUCUUGUUAGGGCUGCUGAUGCUUGGCCUGCUGGCCUUCCUGCUCUGGAAGUGGGGUUUUUUCAAACGCUCCAAGUAUGACGACAGCGUUCCCAGUUACAAUGCAGUGCGUAUCAAAAAUGAGGAGAAUGAUCAUCUAGAAAGCCUGGAAAAGAAAGCUUGGAUAACAAGCUGGAAUAAAAACGAGAGUCACUCUUAACAAUGGUGGAAAGCUGGAGCUCCCAUUCCUACAGACAUUCCCAGACACAGAAUGUCCACCUAACAUUCCAUUGUCUUCCUCUGACCAUACCUAGGCCUGAAUCCAGUAUGGACUUUUGAUUGUACGUAGAAAUACAAAGAACUAUGUGGAAAAGCUUUGUGUACUUUAAAGACUGAUGCUACAAUAGCAGACUAGAUACUCUAAGGUAAAAUAAGACAGCCCUUUAUUAAAUUGUCCCUUUUUGAGGAUCAAUAUAAUUAUUAUUACUAAGUAUUUGCUUGUCUUAUUUCAUCAUGAAAGUGACAUUCAUGGUGACCACUGGUCAGAUACAAACGCUUUUUGGGGUGUGUCCAUUCUUCUUGCACAUUCCGGUCAAGAACCCCAGUUUUCUCUUUUUGAACUCUGGACAUUUUGUAAAUGUACGCUUUUUGUUUAGGUUAGAACGUUUUGUAUAUUUGUGUGUAUUUAUUUUGUUUGUGGAGAAUGUUACCUACACAAUACUCCACUGGACAAAUAAAGUUUUCCAGGAAGGUUUUUCAAUGUAUGGAAGGAUGGAUGCCUCAAAGCACACUGACCAAUCAUCUCCAAAUAACUUGAAUUAACAUCUGUUAAAUUUGACUCUCUUCAAGUUUGUGAUUAAGUGUGCAUUUUGCACAUUAACUAGGGUCAUUUUUAAGUUAUAGUCCCUGCUACUUAAUGGCUUUCUUAUCCUAUUUGUCUAUAUCAUGUAAAUGUUAUCAUGUACUUAUCUAUUAACAUUAUACAGAACUGAAAAUAUUGUGAACCUCUACAUAUGACACAAUUGGUUUUUUAUUUUUGAAAUAGACCAGAGGAGUGAAUCGAGGAAUGACGUUUUAGUUCUCUUCUAGUCAGUUGUUCAAUCUAGAAAUCAAACAUUCUAAAACAGGGCCCAGUCAAUUCUCUAGAUACAUACAUUUUCACAGUAACAGCUGUAGAUUUUGUUGAAGUAACAUGCCAAAAAAGCCAUAACUUCAUAAAUGUUUUACAUUGUGUAUAAAA